CAUGCCCAAAGGACCGUCUACUCCUCGCACCCGUCCCAACGCAUACCUGCUGAACCGCAUGCGUGUAGUCGUCACCACCGAGACCGGCGACAUCGCCACCAUCGAGGUGAGCGCCUCAGAGACCAUCGAGUCGCUCAAGGCCCUCGCCGCUAUCCAGCUUUCCAUCCCACUGCUCGAGCUAACAUGCAUGUUCAACGGCCGUCCGUUGUCGGAUUCCUCCACCCUCGCUGAUGCCGGCAUUGCUGACAACGAUGUUGUUCUGAUGCAGCGGUCGCCUGCGUCGUCGGCCACACCGGCUCCACCCGCUGCCGCUGGUCAGAUGUUCUCUGCUGACCAGAUGGCCAACAUGCUGGCAUCGUUUGGCGGCGGCGGCGCCCCACCGCCUGCUCCCGCUCCCGCCGCUCCCGCCGCCGUCGCGGGCCCGGGCGCCUCCCCGGCGACAAGCGACCCAGCCGCCGCCCGCCGCGAUCAAAUGGCUGCUGCCAUGCGCUCAUUCUUCCAGAACAACCCGUCAGCGCCGCCGCCGUCGAGCGGCUCGGCCAUGGCGCUCGGCGCCACCACAGCGCCUCCACCGCUCCCAGACGACGGCCAAGUCCGCAUCCAGGUCGAGGGCCAGUACUACACUGCCACCGAGUUUAUCGAGUAUGUCAAGGCCUCGCCGGACUUUCUCAUGCGUCUUUCGUCGUCCAACCCGCAGCUCGCCCAGCUUGUCCUCGAGAACCAAGUCGACGAGGUAGAGCGCUUUAUCCGCUCCUCGCAGGCCGCCGCUAAGAAAAUCCGCGACCUCGAGGCCCGCAUUGCCGCCAAUCCGUUUGAUGUCGAGGCCCAGCGCGAGCUUGAAGAGCAGAUCCGCCAGCGCAAUGUCGAAAACAACCUUGCUCAGGCCAUGGAGCACAAUCCAGAGGCCUUUGGCUCCGUCUACCUCCUCCGCAUCAACUGCGAGGUCAACGGCGUACCGGUCCAGGCACUUGUCGAUUCGGGUGCCCAGUCGACCAUCAUGUCCGAGGCCUGCGCCGAGCGCUGCGGCAUCAUGCGGCUCAUUGACACUCGGUUCGCAGGCACCGCUGUUGGCGUCGGCUCGGCGCCCAUCGCCGGGCGCGUUCACGCCGCGCCCAUUACCAUUGCCGGCAAGCACCUUACCUCCUCGUUCACCGUCCUCAAGUCGGACGGCGUCGACUUCCUACUCGGCCUCGACAACCUCCGCCGCCACGAGUGCUGCAUCGACCUCCGUGCCGACGUCCUCCGCAUCGGCGACGCCGAAGUGCCCUUCCUUUCCGAGGCCGACAUCCACGCUCUCCGCAAGGACGCGCCUAAUCCGGCCAUCGACUCGGGCCGCGCAGCCAUGGACACCACCACCACCACCACCACAACCUCGACCUCGUCCGCAACUGCCAGCGGGAGCGUCGAGAUCUCUGACGAUGCCAUUGCAAGGGUCAUGGCGCUCGGCUUUACUCGCGAGCAGGCCGUCGCGGCCUUGCAACAGACCGGCGGCGACGAGGCUUUUGCCGCUAAUCUCCUCUUUGCUUCGCAGUAAGCGGGCCGACCGGCUACACACCGGAACCACCGUCCGCCGCCAUGUCAGCAUUCUCAUCCUCGUCCGAGUAGUACGAGUACGAGUAAAAGUCAAACGACGG